AUGGGUGCUAAACUUGUAGUUUUCAACAGCCAGGAUGAGAUGUAUCAAAUAGGUCAUGUUUAUGCGUAUGAAAUUAUGGGAGCUGCACAUGGAAGUCAUUAUUUCUUCUGGGUUGGUUGUACAGAUGCGGACGUAGAGGGCUUAUUUGAAUGUGAAGACGGUACGCAGCUAUUCCUCAACAGUGACUUGUGGCUUAGUGCGCUAGGAUAUCCGGAGAGUUAUGUUGGAGGGAGUGGCAUUGAGGACUGCCUUGACUAUUUUCCAACCGACAAUGGCUUGGCGGAUAUUGAUUGCAACGAACGGGCCAUCGCUCUAUGCGAAGUUGAUCCUCUGCCUAAACCUACAAACGCCACAGCCCCUGCUUAUCCUACCUCUCAAUACGCUACUACACCAACUACACCAAGCCCAACCACCCAAGAUCCGACAGGUCCAAAUACAACAAGCCCAACCCAAAAUCCUACCACAACAACCACACAAAGUCAAGCCACCAAAGUUCCUACACAACCAACCACGCCAAGUCCAGCUACUCAAACCACCACAAAGACCUCAACGAUGCAAAAUUUGAGCACGGAUUCGGAACAGGAUGGAACCACCAUUGCAAAUGAAGUUUCAAGUGGAACUAACACCCAUGACGGGGCAUGUCCCGAUGGCUGGGACAGUGUAGUUUCCGGAUGCUACAAGUUCCAAUACAUAGCACCAGACUGGUCUAAUGUUCCUUCAUAUGGAGAGGCUAAAGUGAUUUGUGCGGACAUGGGUGCUAAACUUGUAGUUUUCAACAGCUAUGAUGAGAUGGAUAAUGUAGGUAACUGUUACGCAGAGGCAAAAAUGGGAGCUGCACUUGGAAGUGUAUUUAACUUCUGGGUUGGUUGUACGGAUGCAGACGUAGAGGGUGUAUUUGAAUGUGAAGACGGUACGCAGCUAUCUCUAUCCAGUGACUUGUGGCUUAGUGUGCAAGGAUAUCCCAAGAGUUCUGUUGGAGGGGGUGGCAUUGAGGACUGUGUUCACUAUUUACCAAACACUCAAGGCUUGAAGGAUACUGAUUGCAACGCACGGUUAUCAGCCUUCGCUCUAUGCGAAAUCGAUCCUCUACCUGAACCCACAACCACAACAGCCCCUGCUGAUCCAACCACUCAAGAGGCUACAACACCAUCUACACCUGGCCAAACCAGCCAAGAUCCUACAACAACACCAACAACUACAACUGGCCAAACCAGCCAAGAUCCUACAACAACACCAACAACUACAACAGGCCCAACCACCCAAGAUCUGACACAACCAACUACGACAAACCUACCGACCCAAGAUCCUGCCACACCGACCACACAAAGCCCAACCAACCAAGAUCCAAAACAACCAACUACAACAAGCCCAACCCAAAAUCCUACCACAACAACUACCCCAAGGCCAGUCACCCAAGGUCUUAACACACCAAGCCCAGCCACCCAAGGUCCUACCGCACCAACCACGACAAGUCCAACCACCCAAGAUCCUACAAAACCAACCGUGCCAGGUCCAACUAAUCAAACCACCACAAAGACCUCAACAAUGCAAAAUUUGGGCACGGAUUCGGAACAGGAUGGAACCACCAUUGCAAAUGAAGUUUCAAGUGGAACUAACACCGAUGCUACCCCCAGAGCAACUCCACUUCGCAAGAUCAGCAAAUCAAACGUGUUCCUCCCAGGCAAAGACAACAAUGGACGUAAUCUGAUUGGCUACUGUCUAGUUGGUCACGUGAUGGAGACUGAGCGAAUGGUGAGCCAAUUACGAUGCGCUAUGAUGUGUGCUGACAUCGUUGGGUGCCAGUCUUUCAACUACAUUCAAGGCGGUGUUUGCGAGCUGAAUUACGCGCAGAAGGAGAGGGCGGAUGCUCGUUUUUUCACCCGAUCUGACGGGUGUACUUAUUUUGGACGAGCUUGAGUGGGCCCCAAAGGUAAUAAGACUCCAUUUUCAUGGAGAGAUAUAGGCAUGUGGGAAGCGAUAUUAAUGCUGACGUCAACUUGGUUUCAGUAAAUAACAAAACAAAACAAAAAAGAAAAUAUUUCUUUAAAAUUAUCGAAGUAGGUUGAACGAAUAGAUUAGAUUAAAUAGAUUUAUUCAUACAUGUAUUCCAUUAACAAACUACCGAUAAACAAUAUACAGAGUCAAAUAUUUACAGAUUUUCAAUCAAACAUAAAAGGACAAAACGCCAUAUUUUUUAAUUCACUGAUGAAGUUAAAAUAUAUCAAUUAGAACCGAUGUGACUAAGCUAAGAAAAAGGUAGUUAGUAAAAUAUGAAUAAGGACUUAUGACAUAAGAUGAAAUAUUUACUCUGCAAAAGCUCCGGUGUUGAUUUAACACUAGCCCGGAAUCUAUAUAUGUCCAAACCAGAGAAAUGUUAAACUACACCGGUUUGGGUAUUAAUAGCCUAACACCAGA